AUGCUAGGCUUUACAUAUGCAUGGACCUCUAUGUCUUACGGAGAGCUCAUCAUAAACCAGGAUCCUGACAAUACCCCUGGAACAGGGCCUAUUUGGCUUGACGAUGUGGCUUGUUUAGGCAAUGAAAGUUCUCUUACCGAAUGCGGUCACAAUGGCUGGUUAGUGCAUGACUGUGAUCACGUGGAGAACGCUGGAGUUUUGUGUGCUAAUACACCAAGGCCAGAUAAUAUAGCAGCAAGUACGGUUAACCCCAGUAAUAAGGCUGCUCGACCAACCUGUAAGUUUUUCUGUGAUGAUCAUCACUCUUUAUUGUAGCCACAUUGAAAAAGAAAAAUUUUUUAAAAUAUGUAGCUAAGUGGCAAAGAUUUGGUCCGGUGGUUGACCCACCAAAGCUAGAAUGUAUUUUUUGGCAGUAUCGAUGCAAUAGGCCACUUCCGAGUUCCAAAACCCCUCACUUUCAAAAUGAGGCUAGGUGCACAAACUUUCUUGUGCAAAUGAGUUUUAUUUGCAUGAGAAUGAAAAAUGAUUUCCAUAUCAAAGGCUGAGUACCUACCCUCGUUUUGAAACAGAGGCCCGGGGGAAAUCUGUAAUGGUCUAUUAAAUUAAAAGUUGACAAUUUUGUCAUUUAAUGUGUCACACGUGUCGCACUUUUAAAGACAAAAAAGAUGGUCAUACUCUCUAACACUUAAUGAAAAUUAGGACUUGUUUGCGUCAGUUCAGUGUAUAGCCUAUAACUAUUCAAACUCUCGCGUUUAAAAUUAACGAGACAAUAAUUUCAGUCUUAAAAGCGUGAAAUCAACCUUUAUGUAUAUUCACAAAAAAAAACCAAAUUUGCUUUGUCGCUGUAUUGAGUUUCCAAUGGAUAUUUACCGAUAAACUUACAGCACCGCAUCAUAGUUGCUAUCGCCUUCCCUUAAGGCAAGAGCCACAAAAAAACAACAACGCCAUUGGAUUUCAAGUUGUGUUAGUGGCUUGGUAAAGGUCUGUAAGGCGACUGGACAAUAAAGGUUAAUGUCGUGAAUUUCGGCUCAUGUAAUAAUUCUUCUUUUAUUUACUUUUUUCGCAGCUGUUCAGGUCCGUCUUGCCAAUGGAUCAAAUGAACGUGAGGGGCGUGUUGAAGUUUUCUACAAUGGUGCAUGGGGAACUGUAUGCGACGACGACUUCGAUAUCCGUGACGCUCAUGUCAUAUGCCGAAUGAUGGGUUUUCCCGGGGCGUUAUCCGUGCAGGGUGAAGGAGGACGAUUCAGUGCAGGAAACGAGAGCCAACAAAUAGUGCUGGAUGACUUAUUUUGCAGUGGACACGAGGCGUCGAUUGCUGAUUGUUCAUUCAGGAGAUGGGGAACAAGCAAUUGUUAUCAUGAAGAGGACGCAGGGGUAAUUUGUCAAAAGAAACGUAAGUAUUGUUUACUUACUUUAAAAGAAUACUCCAAGGCCUAUAGCAAACCCGAAACUUUUCAUGAGACGAACCAAACUCUAAAUUGGAUCGACCUAAACUGAAUUAAGAUCCUCUGUUGGUUCAGACGUCGAGCUUAGGACGCAUCGAACGAAUCAACUGAAUCAGACCAAAAUGCAAUUUUAAUGAAUUUCUCCCAAGUGAGGCUAAAUGCAUUAUCAUACAAAUGUUUAAUUUAUUAGUUUAGUUAGUCGCAUGUAAGAUCAACGUUCAUCCGUCCGAAGCAGAAGCCAUAGAACGUGUUGGACGAUCCAAACUAAUUCAGACGAACUUGACUGAGCCAGACGUCGAACUUUCCGUAAACGUAACUCAUUAACUCUGGUUCUUUGGUUCGUCUCAUGAAAAGUUCGACGUUUUGCCUAGGCCUAAGGAAAAACGAGUUUCUUGAACAUAUUCGCCAUAAAAUAGUUCCCCAAAACAACGUAAAGAAAGUAGAAAACACUGAUCAUACCUAUACAGAGAAACGAAUAUUCGCGUUUUUAUGGUCACCUUAAACUGUUCGUACAUUAUUUUUCAUGCGAAUGAACAGCUCCGAUCGUCCGAUUACGUGAUGGUGACAAUACGUUUGGCCGACUGGAGAUUCUGCACAAUGGAACUUGGGGCACAGUUUGUGACGACCAUUGGGAUAUCAAAGACGCCUCUGUAGUUUGUCGAAUGCUUGGCUUCAGCUACGCUUGGACUGCACUUUCUUUUGCUCAUUUGAUGUUGCAAAAUGAUCCAGCCACUCAUCUUAUUGGAACUGGUUUUAUAUGGCUUGAUGAUGUUGCUUGCAACGGCAAUGAGACUUCUUUGACCGAAUGCAGUCACAAUGGUUGGCUGGUGCAUAACUGCGAUCAUCGUGAAGAUGCUGGAGUUUUAUGCGGUAACUCACCAAGACCAAACCAUUUACCUGAAGAAAAUGUAUUCAAUAACACUUACAGCAAGCCCGCAGUGACACCCUGUAAGUAGGAAAUGUAACACACACAUCUUAAAAUUAUCUAAUGCGAUUCACUCCCUUUCUAAUAACCGUUAGUUACACGUUCUUUGGACGAAAAAAUUCACAGUAGACUUGAAUGUAAUUAGUAAAGUCAGGAAUUAAAAUCUUCUCUGCUUUUUCAUUGUCAACCUGUCUGCGACGUAGCAGAGUAGAGACGGAAUGGAUAACGAACCAUAACCAGGAACUUGCUUUGUACAUAUCAUUACCAAUUGUUUUUACAAAUUCUCGUUGACGUAAACGCUGCUUACAAGACCUAGGAGACAACAUAAUUUCACCUUAAAACACCAUUUUUCUUUUUUUUUUUUUUAAAGAAAAGAGGUUUUGAUUGCUAGGUGAUCAUGAUCGGCCUCAUCAUCAAAAAUGAAAAACUUUUUACCUUGUCUUCUCAAUGAAAUACUAACAGCACUUGCUUGCCAAACAGUUUCAAUUUGACAAAACGAUUCCAUUUGGUCUGGUAAAUAUGAGAUUAGAAUUAAUUUUACGCAAGUGAAUUGUUGACAUUUUGGCUUAACACAAAUGACCUUUAAGUAAAUUCUAUUUCAUCUGAUGAAUCUGAUUCUAGACUUCAGUGUGUCUUAAUAAUUUUUUCUAGCUGUUCAAGUUCGCUUGGUUAAUGGAUCAAGUGAUCGAGAGGGCCGUAUUGAAGUCUAUUACAAGAGUGAAUGGGGAACUGUCUGCGAUGAUGAUUUUGAUAUCCGCGAUGCAGAUGUUAUUUGCCGGAUGAUGGGUUUUCCUGGUGCCAUCUCUGCGGAGAUAGAAGGCAGGUUUGGUGCUGGGAACUCAAGCCAGCGAGUACUGCUGGAUGACCUUUGGUGCAGUGGACAUGAGAGCUCCGUUGCUUCUUGUUCAUUUCGUGGAUGGGGAUCACAUGACUGCGAUCACAGUGAAGAUGCUGGUGUAGUGUGUAAGAACAAAAUUCCAGGUAUGAAUUGAUACCAUUCCAGAAAAUGUGUUCAGAUGAAGUGGUUUCGAAUUGAUCAGACACUUUGUCAAUCUUUGGGCAAAGCUUUUAUGCAACUAGGCAUCCAGCAGCAAAUAACUGUUUUGAUUAACUGUUCAGUCAUUUUCAUGAUUUGGAUUGAGAAAAUUAUACAGGAUGGUUGUCAAGUUGCUUUCUAACUAUCUGACUAAGUCGAAUUAUUUUCGAGUCGGAGGUGCUUUUUCUCCGAGGAUGAGUGGCAAAGAGUAAACUUUUUGAUCAGUAUUUUUUGGUACUUUCUCGUCCAGAGUUUACAUCUUUCCAUUGAAAUUUUGCGAAUUCCUCCUUUACUUCUCAGUCAUUAUUUCGAAUAUUUCGUCUCUGCGUAGCAUGUAAAGACGUACAGAACUCUCUGGAAUUUUUCAUUGACAAACAGCUGAGCUGAAUGAACCGGCUUAGCCGCAGAACUGUUGUAGUGGCUGAGAGGUGCGUCACAUACGAAGGGUCUAUUUAGAAUGCUUUGGCUGCGAAAUGCUGGGUGUUUUUGAUAAGUGGUCACCUGCUGAAGCUAGUCGCUUACGAGACUUGGUGGCUUAUGGAUGUUUGACUCUAUCAUAGGUUCCGUUGUUGUCCCCGGUUUCGGCCCUUUAGAUUACAACCUGCUUCAAAGUAAAUAACAAUAUUAAAAUUGCUUUUAAAACGUUGGUUGAUUGAAUUACAAUCUUUCUACAGAGAUUCACAUCGAGAUCCAGGAUGACAAACAUGGUUUCCCCAAUCAGGGCCGUGUGUAUCUUUACUACAGUGGCCAGUGGGGGACAAUAUGCGAUGAUUCGUGGGACAUAAGGGAUGCAAAUGUGGUGUGCCGUAUGUUAGGGUACCCAAGAGCUAUUGGCUUCACGACAAGGUCCAGAUUUGGUGGUGCUAGAGAUAGUGAGUCUAUAUUAUUGAAUGAAGUAAAUUGCAGUGGAACGGAAGACACCCUAGCAAAGUGCCCACAUGCUGGCUGGGGAGUCAGUAACUGUAAUCAUACCAAAGAUGCCGGUGUCAUUUGUGACUAUAACUACACAGUAAAUGCAAAAGGUGAGGUUACGUUUGCAAAAUAUGCAGAUUUUUUGUAAUAAACCACUACCAAGUGUGAAUUGCUUAGUGUCUUUUCUCUUAACGAGACGAUUCGUUUCCCACUUCUCAGUUCGACUCCUCCUUUUCUACAUAUUGUUUUAAAAACUGAAUUGGUAACGAGGGGUAAGUAUAAACGCAGCCAUUUUUUCGGACCGCUGACCAGGUGGAGUCUUCUACCUUAUCUUCGCUGAAGAAUAGUACCUGCUGUUGCUAACUUAUACAGUGAUGGAUUUCUUCUGCUCGCAAAAGCGCGAUGUGACUCCUUUACAAUUUUCUUUUUAAAAAACUGGUGUUCGAAUACCUCCUUCCCAACAGACGCAAGUUGUGAUUUUGACACGUGGUAUUGCGGGUGGGAUAAUGGUCCUGGUGAUCCAGCAGACUUUAAGUGGAUCCGACAUAUAGGUCAUACACCUUCUAAGGACACUGGACCUUCAAGAGGUCACGGAGGGACUGGUAAGUUGCAAUUAUUAUAAUAGGCCAUUUCCGAGUUCCAAAACAUCUCACUUUCAAAACGAGGCUAAGUGCGAAACCUUUGUUGUGAAAAUGAGUUUUAUUUCCAUCGUAAUUAAAAAUCAUUUUCAUAUCAAUAGCUUCGCACUUAGCCUCGCUUUGAAAGUGAGAUUUUUCGGAACUCGAUUAUGGCCUAUUUAAAACAUAAUAAUGAUUUGAGUAUAAUUGUCUCAGUAAAUUUAAAGAAUGGAUAAGUCAAACUAAAUUUUCCAAUUUACAAAAUUUUUUAACUGAUCUUUAAUGUACCCUCGAUGCUUUAAAUUUGACGCCUGUAAGGCGCUUACUCUGUCUUCAAGACCUAUGUGGCAAAACACCCGGUAGUAAGGAUGAGUUACAUAUCCUUUCCCAGGGUCCUAGUUGGAAAAUUUCCUAGAUCAUAGCUUAUUCUCCUUCAUAGGUCUAAAAUGAACGUGUUUUUUCUUCUAAGACAAACAAUUUCAUAUUUUUAAAUCAUCUUCAUGUAUCCUCUUACUUUAGGGCACUACUUUUAUAUAGAGGCAACAGGAAAUAAUUUUAAGGUAGCCAGACUCGAAACGCCAUGGAUACGAGGCAACGGAAACGCCACAUGCAUGGUUUUCUACUACCACCUUUAUGGACAGUCGGUUGACACUCUUAAGGUGAAAGUUCGAGAUCAGGUCUUGUGGCAAAUAUCAGGUAGUCAAGGAAACGAUUGGUACAAAGCCACAGUGCCCCUUGACUUUCACGGUACAUACAAGGUACGACGUAGUAAAAAGAAUAUCUACUUAGCUUAAAGCAGACUAUAGGUAUAUUAUUCUGAGAACAGGUUCUACAGUGGAGUUUAUAGCAAAGAAUAGCCGAGAAGGGCAAAAAAAAAGGGAUGACGUGUCUCUCCCCUUCUCGUCACGAAAUGUUUUCCCGCGGGCCUGUUGGUGAUAAAUUUAUCAAUUAAAGAGUGACUGAGUGAGUGAAUGAAUGAACGAACGAACGAACGAACGAAUGAAUGAAUGAAUGAAAUGGAUGGAUGGAUGGAUGAAUGAAUGAAAAAAUAAAUAAAUAUAGGGAUGGAUUCAUGGAUGAAUGAAUGGGUGGAUUAAUCAGUGAAUCAAUCAAUAAUAGCAAAUCUUUAAUGUCUCCUUGAUUUUGAGAGAAUGGUUAAAAUAAUCUGAUAUUGUGUAUUGACACUUUUUGCAGGUAACAUUCGAAGGUGUGGUUGGUCUUGAUGCCUUCAGUGAUAUAGCUAUUGAUGAUGUAGAGUUUCAAGAAAACACGGCGUGCGCUAAAACUGCUGAAACCCUAGGUAAAGAUUUAAUUAUACAAAUUCAGAAUGAAGCAAGCAUACUUAAAAAAAAUCAAUUAGACAGUAUAACAACGAACUUUGGCUCACGUACGUAGGGGCCUAAACCUUCACCGGAGUGUUUUCUUUAACACUUUGGAUGCAAUCACUCCUGCAAAAGGUGUAUUCUCAUCGAUGCAAAUUACUUUCCAGUUCCGUCUAGGAUCGUAUCGAUCUCUCCAAGUCAAGGCGCUAAACUUGGUGGUACUGUGACGUUAAUUUGCAUAGCGACUGGGCGGCCCAUCCCUCAGGUCAUGUGGAAGAAAAACGGCCGUGUUCUUCUCGAGGGACAAUCGUCUGUCAACAUCACUAUCUCCAACAUUUUACAAGCAAAUGGGGGAGUGUACGAAUGUGUGGCAACUAACAUUUUGGCAAAUGACAUGGAAACAACAGCAAUUAAUAUUGAAGGUGAGAACGAAAAUCGUGCUUUAUGAGGAAUACAUUAAGAUUAUGCUUUUGUUUAAUAUGGAAUCCCCUGACAAGAACUUUUAUUAAGGUUAUGUAAUGGCGCCACAGCCAUUUUUGCUUAUUUGGUGUUCAUUACAUACACUGACUUUUCAGAAAUUUACGACCUCGAUUACGGUAAACGGCGAAAAUGACAUUCAAGUUGAACAUUCUGAAAUUGAGAAAUACGAAUAUAAAAACUGUGCAAAAUAAUUCCCAUAAAUGAAGCUUUUUAAAAACUACUUACGUUUAUAGGUUUAGCUGAGUCGAUAGAGGAGCGCUCGACUGCGGACUUUUUCGGGUUCAAUACCAGGAGACCAACGCCUACUGGGUCUUAAAGAAACUAAGAAUUAUAGUUAAAUAUUAAAGUUACUGCCAUUUUCUCUGUAAAGUAUUAGACCUUAGCGUUGCCUAAAUAACCACAUGACAAAUGUAGAAAUGACGGUCCCUUCGUCUAGAAAUUACUUCUCGUGGCAAAACAUUGACACUUUGUCAAGCAUUUUUUUUUAUUUUGUUUUUCUCUUGUUAAAGAAGUUUUAACUUAAUUUAACUUAAUUCAAUUGCAUUUCGGAGGAGCGUUCCAUAUACAUUCUAAGUAUUUUAACAGGGAAUGGGCGUGUGACGUAAAAACCUCUCGAAUCGGCAGUUAUGAGACACAGUUUCUCACAACGUCAUCCGAAAUCAUUUGAUGUAAGUUACGAAAAACAUACUAACUUUGACAACAACAAAAAUUUAUUCCGUUUUUAAAAGAACAAUAUUAGUCGCUUCUAGUAAUAUAAAUGAAAGGAAACUUGUUAUUAUGUGAGAAGUUCAAAGUUUAGAGGAGCUUAAAACUCAGCCUCCAUCUUGGCCAGCUCACCGCUGAGCAUCACCGCUAACUUUUUUGACGUCAUCUUAACACUUAAUUCAAUCCCUAGAGAAAUUGUAUCCCUCCCUGACUCUUACUCAGGCGGAAUAGUGAUCACAUUCAUUACUUCUUGCUUUAUUUAGGAAGCCCAAAAGAAAUCAAUUUCACGGCCAACACUUCUUACAACGUUGCUGCUCCGGGUGACUAUGUUUCCCUAAAAUGCUCGUCUGUUGGAUUUCCUGAACCUGUUUGUCGAAUUUACUUCAAGGGAAACAUGCUUGGCAUCAAUGGAAGUUUUCAUGUCAUUCAGAACUUUGCGGAAGGAGAUCAGGGCAAUUAUGUGUGUAAUUGUUCAAAUGUAGCUGGUGUUAAAGAAGCUUACUUAACACUUACUCUCUAUGGUAAGUUAAAAGGAGUUUGAAAUAUAAACUGGAUAUCGGAUGAACUAAUUCUUGGAUAACUGAUUCUUGGGGCAAAAAGGUUGAAGCUUAAAGCAGUCCUUAUGAGCCUCAAUUACCCCCCCCCCCCCCGACAAAGUAUCAAGUGAUCGCUCACAGGGGCCUGAAAAAGCGAUAUACCCACUGAACAGAAUAGAAAUAGGAUAAUAUUCACACCCCUUAACUCACUAAUCUGUUUUGACUUUCUUUAAUUAAUAAGGCAUCAUUCAAUAGAACAACUGACGCUGUUUUUAUGGAGCUUCGCCUAGGAAAUUUUUGCUUUCUGAUAACUGAUUACAUGGCAAACUUAUUGCUUAGUCAGAAGUUAGCGAUCUGAGCAGUCCUUAACGGGCCAGUUAUUUAAACCUAGUUUAACCGCGUUCAAAGCCAUUUUCAAUUUGCGCCACGGUUUUAUCUAAACACCAUUUUAUUGUGGACAGUUUUAUGAAAGCAUACAGAGUAGACAAGAAAAAAGUAUUUAUCUUCUUAAAAUAACCCUCUAAGGAAGAGAUCUUGAGGUCCAAAGAUUUGUUAAACGGCCGCUUAAGUUAGACGCCUUUUAAAUAAUCGACCCGUUAGCUGGGUUAAAGGUUACUGACAGUCUAUUGAAAGUAUACUUCUUUAUUCAAAGUAGACAAAACCAAGACAAAACUUCGGGCAACGAAACCCCCCUAAUAUCAGAAAAAACAAACAACUUAAGUUCUAACUUUGUGGUUCUUCACUUUUUAUAGAUUCGCCAAAAAUACAUGCCAUUCUUCCAGCUUAUCAGUUGGUCAACGAAACAGACAGUUUUGAGAUCUUUUGUAACGCGACAGGGAACCCUCCACCGGCGAUAAUAUGGAGAAAAGUUGGCGACGGUAGCAAAGUGUUUCCUGUAGGGAAAACACUUAGAAUACUCCAUGCUGAUAAAGCGGAUUUUGGUACCUAUCAGUGCACAGCAGUCAGCCCGCGGGGAGAGAAUAUAACCUCUGAAGCAUCAGUUGACCCUGACAAUUGUAAGUUUUAUGUUAAUUUUUUGAAUAAAGAACCAAAUGUGUUUGAAAAAUAUACGACUCAAUUUUUAGAGAAAGGUAUAAACUAAGUGUGCUCUACUAGCAAAGAAGGGAUUUGGGCUCUGGGUGGGUUUCUUUAAGUAUGGUCUGGGGACGCUAAACAACGGUGCAAUUGGGCCAGUUUCGAAUAAUCAAAAUUCAUAGUUGAUUGUGAGGGAAAUAUAACAAAAUAAAUUGCAUUGAGAUUUUAUCCAUUUCCUUGUUUUACCCACCUCAGCCCGGGAGCCAAAUAGGAAUUAAAUCUGUCUCUUGGGUAAUUCAUGAAUUACAUUUGAAUGUGAGAACUGUAUAAUUUCUCAAGGGUAAUUACUUGUAAAUAAAACAAUAUAUACCUCCCCCGAUGCUCACGUUAUCUUUGCAUUUUUGAGAGGUAUAAUUACGUAAUUUGGUGUAUAUCAGGGGUAUAAUUAUGUAUGAUUAUGUAACUAUAGUCGAUCGUCAUACUAGAGAACGCCAGAGAUGUCAUGUUAGUUUUUUCUUGGUUCUAAAAAAAAUUGUUUUUCCUUUAUUAAAGUCUCUCCAGAAAUUAACCACGGACCACAGAAUCGCACUGUCAUAGAAACAGACAGAAAAAACGUCACCAUGUUCUGCAAUGCCACAGGAAAACCAGCGGUGAGACUGUCGUGGGUGCGAGUGAAAGACGGAGCGACACUUGCUUUUGGGCAUACUCUAUUGAUCACGGCUGCUGACCGUUUCGAUCGUGGGGAAUACAGAUGUGUAGCGGAAAAUGGUGUUGGAAAUUCCGCGACUAAGUCCGCCAAUCUCGAUGUUCAAUGUAAGUUUUUGUCCUAAACUUCUAAAAGCUUAGGUACGAUACAUUAGUUGAGAUGAAUGCAAGCCAAAAACUGACAAUAAAAUGUUUCAUUGCAAAUAUAGCCUCUUUGCAAGUUCCCAUAUUCCUCUUUUUGAAAUUGAGUCCUGCUAUACAAACAUUUUCAUAAAAAUGAGUUAAAUUUACAUGCUAAUAAAAAUUACUCGCAUAUAAAAGGACUGGUUCUAUAAGACUUACUUUCAAAGUUUAUUAAAAAUAAUUCGGAAAGUGGGUGUUAUACUCUGGUAUUUUUACUUUUAUUUUCUAACCUAUAAUUUUAAUAAUUAUUUUAUUUCUUCUUCACUUUAGAUCCACCAUCUUCCACAACGCUCAAAACAAAUAAACGGAAUCCAGUCGUUCUUGGUAACGAUCAAAUUUCACUGACUUGUGAUACAGAAGCUAACCCUCCGGCCAGUCAGUACCGUUUUUAUCGUGAGGGUGUUUACAUUGGAACGAGUCUAAUAGGAACUCACGUGAUAACGAAGGCCAGGCACUCUGACGCAGGAACAUAUGACUGCGUACCUAUCAACCUCCUGGGGACUGGUGCUAACAUCUCUGUUACGAUCGCUGUGAUAGGUCGGUAACUUAAUCCUGGAUAAUUCACAAGUUGUCAUGAGAUACUAUUUGAAUUAGUCAUUAUAUUCAGAUAAUUCAGUCUCUUCGAGAUGUACAGUGAAUAUAUUCCGUGUUGUACAUAUCUCUGGAGCAGUUUUCGUUCUAAAGCAGCCAACAUAAUAACGAAGAGUGUGAUCAUUGCUCGUUACUUUUGCGCUCUCGCUGGAUUACCUGUCCCUUUCCUCGGCCAGUCUAGACCUACUGUCAUUUUCGGGCUUAUUGAACGCAAAAGACCCGCCUGUUGGUCCUUUGCCACUCAAAUGAGGUGCGGGCUCGAAAUACUCUGUAGAUGAAAAUGUAUAGAGUAUCUGAAAAAUAUAAUUUUGAAUUCAAAUAUACGUACAGUCAAACCCCGCUUUACAGACAUCACAUUAUUAUGGACAGUUUCCUUUGUCCCUGGGUACAGCCGCGAAGCCGUGCCGACGCAUCUUUGACUGCUCCGCCUUUGUUGUUGACUUUGACUUUGGCUUCAAAUACACUAUUCAGCCAUGCCUAAUGUGACUAGUAAGCUAUUUAAAAAAGGAAACAGACAGCUCUCAAUAGAAAAUUCCAGUGGCGUAAUUACCUUUAAGCCAUUGAGCCCGGGCUUAACAAAAAAUUGGGUGAAAUUGAGCUAAUAGGCGGCGUGAAAUAGACCUUUCUAGCUUGUAUGUUUUGUUUUCCCAUUUCAGAACGCGUGAUGGUUUCCCAGAGAACUGAUUCUUUCAAAUGUCGUCCUAUGAACGUACAUCCAUGGAAUAAAUUAUUUAUGACAAGAAAAAGGCAAAUUCACUAGAGAACGUCAUGCGGUCUGAAUAUACAGGCUAAAAAUUCAGGCACGUGAACCAAUUUGUCGCGGUGAUGGGCUUGCAAGAUACGCACAUAAUUUACUGGGAAAACCAUCUUGGUUUUUCAAGUAGAUUCGACGUAGAGGGGUCUCCUUUGGUUUCUUUGAUCAUCUGCUUGAAUUAUGUUUACUCUGUAUUGAUUAAUGAAUGAAUAUCCUUUCCUUAUACAUGAUCAAUAUUAAAGCAGUAAAAUGAUUGAGGGGUCAUGAUCGUUGAUCGUUGUUAAAACGCAACUUCCAACAAACCAAUCCAUCCCAAUGGUUUCUUAGUUUACUUUACUUUUAUUUACUGCGCUGAAUUGUUUAUGGGUCAGUGUUAGCAUGGCCUGCUAAUAUGUCCUCAACAAGCCCAUUCAGGACUCCUGCAAAUUGGGCUUAACAACAAAAAAUGACUGGCUACGCCUCUGAAUGUUUAUGGUACACAUGUGGUGUAUCGUUAAUAAUAGAGCAAUGAAUAUGUUACCUUUUUCCUUUUAGGUGCCUUCUCAAUUAUAAAUUCUCCGCAAAACACGACUAUAACUGAAAACGGAAGUGCUACAUUUUUCUGUAAUGCUACUUCCUAUCCUCCAUAUCAGUACGUUCGCCCUCACAUCACGUGGGAAAAGCUUGGAGACAGUAGCAAAAAGUUUCCGUCAGGAGAGCAGCUUGUUGUACAGAAUGUGGGUCAGCAUGAUAAAGGAACGUAUGUCUGUAAGGCCGAGAAUGACCUGGGAUUGCCUGAUACUGCAGCUGCCGUACUGGAUGUAUUACGUGAGUACCUACCUUUUGUGGGUCAAAUGAAAAUGUCCAAAAUUGCGGAUUGUUUAUUACAUAUCUCAAACCGGACCUUAUAAUCGUCGUUGUUUUUGAUGUUGCUAUAUUGGCCAGUUUGUAAUUAAGUUAAGCCAUCUUCUGUUAAGCCAUCUGAUGAUCCCGGUUAAAAUCUCCGUUCGGAAAAAAGACCGGGUGGAAAUGGGAUCUAUUUGUGAUGAAGAAAGCACAGGUAUAAUUGCUGUUGAGAUACAACAGGCUCAUUUUUAAGAAGGACUGUUGGACAUGACCAAAGUAAAUGACGGAAAGCAUGCAUAUAAGUGCACGUCUUGCAUUCAGGUGCAGAGUCAAGCUAUUGAUGCGAUCUGUUCGCAGCUUACGGACCUUAAGUGUCUGAAAGACAUGCUCGUGCAAAUGGUACAGUGCGCUCUUAUUCAAGGGGCGUCUUACUUUUCAGUCCUCGUAUAAGUAGCCCUAUUGAACAAAAGCAAUUGCUGGAUGAACGGCGGACCGGAAUAAAUUGUAAGUUAAAGACUGUCUAACUGUAAAAGCACUUGCUAUUCACAUGUGAGCUGUACGAGGCCAUUUAUUUCAAUUGCAUUGGACGGUGUAAUGGCUAAACGUUUUUUCUGAUAAACUAUUUUUUCUCCUCCAGAUAAACCAUACGACACCAAACUAGAAGUUUCAGUUCCAGACAACGUCGGUAUAAUUAACUCGUCGAUCAUCUUAAGUUGUACUGCGCAUGCCAACCCACCUGUAACCACGUACAAUAUUUAUCACAAUGGUGUCCUCGUUUUUAAUUCAUCGACUGGUAUUCAUAACAUAACACGUGCACUAACUGAGCAUAAAGGAACAUACGUUUGUGUUACUUACAAUGAAUUUGGGCGUGGAGAAAGUUCACCUAUAAAUGUUUCAUUUGUUGGUAAGUUUAACGAAAAGGAUUGUGAGUAUAAUUAGGCCAGCAAUUUAUUGCUCUUCUAGUUACAGCAAUGGAACGAUAUAAAACUAUCACCAACUAUUUGUAAUAAUAUAUCAAAACCGAGGAAUAAAUUUUCUUCAGGAUAGGAGCAAAAGGUUAUAGAAACUUUGAGCGGUCUAUUUGGCUGUACCGAGAGGGAGGUCUCAAAAAGGCUUAUGCGGGGAAGAUCUUCCAUUCAUUGCAAGACUCUGACGAAAUAAUACCCUUACCUCCACAAACACGGAAAGAAAUGCGUCCUCAACCUGAUCCUUAAAAGUUUAGGCAGAAAAGAGUAGGUGAUGGUGCAAUACUUGAAUACAAGCGUAAUCUACGCCUUUCAUUUUUUACGCAGAUUUCUGCCAAUAUUUUACGAUCUAUUCUAUGAGUUUUCAUAAACAUUCUAACAAAUCGAUUAAAAAAAAAGGGAAAAGGAGCCUUCCGGUAUGAAACUUCAUAUCAUCCAUGCAUAGUCGGCAACGUAUUAAGCUGAUUUAGCAAAAGAAUGGUUAUGUCAUUUAACGACGGCGUACGUAAAUCAAACAACUAGCUUGACCAAUGGCAGAGCGGCAAAUUGGGCACCGGAAGUCUAGUUUCGUCCUUACCGCGCCUUCUCGUUGUCAAGUGACGUUUCUGUUCUGUUGCUAAAUCAGCCUAAUAUCAUCUGGCUUAUAAACCAUUUACUCGACCAAAAAUGAUAAGUUGCCGAAAAUAAAGUACAUACCGUAAAUCCCCUAUUAAGCCCUUGUCGGGGGCUUAUUUAUUUCAAGCUUAUUUGAGGGGGGGGGAUCUUAAUAGAGACAGGGGGGAUUUAAUUUAUAAAAGAGGAUGGCAUCAGUUCUCCAUAAAGAACUAGAAUACAAAGUGGAAAAACUCAAGCUCAAGAAGGUCAUGCAGAAGGUCAUGCAGCUGAGGAUCAUAAUCAAAUCCGAACUUCCAGUUAGUAAAUAAACCAUCCCGGAUCAGUCCACAGGAAUUUUUACAGUCGUGAUUUAUUAAUACAGUCUAUCAUUUAUUAGUGAAUUAUAAUUAGGGGAGGGGAGGGGGAGCUUACUAACUUUCUUCCCCUGAAAAGGGGGCCUUAUUAGAGAGAGGGGGCGUAUUUGAGAGAGAGGGCUUAAUAGAGGAUUUACGGUAGGUCUACUGUAGUCCUCCCUUUUUAUUGUCCCUCCUCCGCUCUCUGUUUGUUAGAGCUUUCCCGCCUUCUUUUCGCCCUUCCCUUCCUUGAGCGCCCUAGAUCAUAUUUAAAUGUUGUUUUUACGCUUUACAAAUAAUAAAUUAUUAUUAUAUGAAAUAAUUAUUCCAACACAAGAGAGCCUGUUCACAAGCCAAUUCUGACUGAAAAGUUAUUUUUGUUUACAGGCCCCUGUGGUGUUAAGCGGGUUCACGUAUCAAUGUCGCCGCAGAUCGUGGGAGGAGUGAACGCUAAGCCAGGAGAGUGGCCAUGGCAGGUUCAGUUAGCAUACUCUGACGAUAAAGAUAGUUAUCCCCACCUCUGUGGAGGCUCCAUCAUUGACCAUUAUUGGGUUGUUACUGCAGCUCAUUGUAUGGUGAAUCUAUUGACUUUGAGAAAUGCUUCUAACUUUAAUCUAACUGUAGGUAGGUAAAAGAAUCAUUUCUUCCACUUAUGAUCAAGGUAAAAAAGCGAAAGGAAAUGAAGUUGUAUUGACACUUGUGAGGCGUUUUAAUUCUUGUUUUAGAAUUACUUUUAAAAAAAUAUCUAUUUCUUCAUUUGCCUUAAAGGUUGAGUUCUCAGUGAAAAGCUCUUUCAGUGGGGAAGUGAAUGGACACCAAAAAUCUCCAAUUAAACAAUCAAGCAGUUUUUAGAUUGUCUUGAUUUUUGGUGACCAGUCGCUGUCCCAGUGAAAUAGGUUUUUGCUCCCCACUUCUUAUAUACCCUAGAUACCUUUCAAAGUACACUAAGAUAGCAGAUCCACUACUGUUUGACAUUUAGGUGAUUUGAAAAAAAUGUGGUAAAAUAAACCUGGACAUCGCCGCUAUAAGUGCUUUUGCAGUACUUUUCUUGUUUACAUCUAACAGAUGAGAGCUCGCAAAUACACUUUUAUUUUAAGUAUUUGAAUUUUCUAUUGAUCUCUUUUCGAUUGAAUUUUAGGAGAACUUCAUAGAGGUAUUGCAGAAGGAAUGGAGCAGAAAAUCCCGGUAGAAAAGAUCAUUGUUCACAAAAAUUUCAACCCCAGCACUCUACAAAAUGAUAUCGCGUUGAUGAAACUCAAGCGCCCAAUAAUCUUUAAUGCGAAUGUCUCGCCCAUCUGUCUUCCUGAUUUUGACUUUGCUGCCGGCACCACGUGUUACGUCACCGGAUGGGGGCUGUUAGGGCUUUUUGCGUCGCCACCAGAAAUUCUUCAGGAGACCACCAUGCCUCUCUUAGAUCACGACGUUUGCGCACAAUAUUUCAAUCGGAGUGAUACAGCCGUUACAUCAGAUAUGCGCUGUGCUGGGAAAAUAGGUGAGAGUCAAGGUACAUGUAAAGGUGAUAGCGGAGGACCACUGACCUGCGAGCGAGACGGCCGUUGGUAUUUGGUCGGCAUAACGAGUUGGAGUAAUAAUGGCUGUGUAGAUCAAGGAGAUCCGGGAGUGUUUUCUGAUGCUUUGUAUUUUAGAAACUGGAUCGACGAGGCAAUGAAGAACAAUACUAGAACUGCUGUCUAACAUUAUAAAUUUUUAGUCUGGUAAAUAUACCAGCCGAUAUUUAAUUAAAGAGAAAUUUUAGAAGAAAUGUGAAAACACUAAUAAAGGUCUCCAAGUACCUUAAAACCGGUUUGUUGGGGAAAAGCACACGCCAAUUAUCGAAAGGAAAUCUAUUGGUAAUUAUUACCAGGUCAUGAAUCUUCUUGCAAGAAGCUUCAUCCCAGUUAAGGAAAUUAAUGAUAUAAAAAUACAGUGGGGCUGCAGUGAGAAUUAAUUACGGUAACGACUCUUAAACGUUCUCUGGCCAAAGAAUGAAAACACGACCUUUCCACUGUCGAAAUCCUACAAUCGUGUAAAAUUAUCGAUACUAAUUAUAGUAAUGUUGUAUGUAGUUUUAGCCACAGAACUUUGUUGUUUUCAGAACUUUUUUUAACUCAACCUCGGUCAGAAACACAUUUAGAUAUGGCAUGCCAUCAAGUACUUUAUGAUAAAUUUAUAUAAUCGUCACUGGCAAAUGAAAUACGAUGCCUCAAUUAUGCUCAUCAUAGUACUCCUCACAAACUGCUCCGCAGACAAAAAAAUGCCAAACAAAAGGCGAAGGUUUGUUGAUGGACCGUGAUAUUUGGCUUAUUUUCUUCAACCUUUAUCUCGAAUUAUCA